UAGACGGCAUUCUUGUUGUCUUUUAGUUAUGGAAAGCAACGCCCUCUAUUUGGUGUACCAUGGACUUUUCCUACCUAAAGUCGCUCAUUCUGAAAACAGUCUUAACUAUUUUGAGACGUUCGUAGUUCAAGACGACGACAUAUUUAUAAUUUCAUACCCCAAGUCGGGCACAACAUGGAUGCAAGAGAUUAUUCCCUUGCUCCUCAAUGGAGGAGAUCUUACUCCAGUGCAGACCAUCCCAAACUGGGACCGGGUUCCUUGGCUUGAAGAGACACGUGCUGCUGUGGUCAUGGACAAGCUGAGUUCUCCACGGGCCAUAGUCUCCCAUAUGCCUUAUCAUCUGAUGCCUUCCACCUUCUUCUCUUCUAAGGCUAAGGUUGUUUAUAUUGCCAGAAACCCUAAAGAUGUCUUGGUUUCCUCUUUCCAUUACCACCGGAUGGCCAGUUUUCUGGACGACCCAGGAACAUUUGAAGAAUUUAUUAACAAGUUCCAAACAGGGCAGGUGCUUUUUGGGAAAUGGACUGAUCAUGUGAAGAGCUGGAAAAGCCCAGAUUUAGGAGAUAGAAUUCUCUAUAUCACUUAUGAAGAGCUUGUUCAGGAUCUGCGUGGGGGAAUAGAACGCAUUUUAUGCUUUCUUGGUCGGCAGCUUAGUGAAGACGCUCUGGACCAUGUGAUCGAACACUGUCAAUUCAAAAACAUGAAACAUAACAAGAUGUCCAACUAUUCACUGGUACCCCAGGAGAUCAUGGACAGCAGCAAAUCACCUUUCCUCAGAAAAGGAAUUGCUGGAGACUGGAAGAAUCACUUCAGCCCAGAGAUGGAGGCCAAAUUCAAUGCAGCCAUAAAUGAAGAAAUGAAGGGAUCUGGAAUUAGAUUCUCUUGGGAUGAGGAAGAAAAAUGAAAUUUCCUUUAAUUCAUUGAAAAAUUAUCAUAAAUCUAGUCCAAGUAAAAAAAAUGUUUACCUGGCUCUUGUACUACUGCCAGCACAUAGUGACAGUUUUAGCAAACAUGACAAAAGUUAUGUUGAUACAGUUUACCUACUGCAGUUUUAAGGGUUGCAAUUCAACUAAAUCAACAAUAUCUCUUUAGUUUGUGAGAUAUUAAUUUCUAGGCAUGAGUAGUUACACAACACUGUGAAUUAAUGCAGCUGUGUGCUAUGAUCAUGAUCUGUGUCUGGAAGGAGAGCCAGCAAAACUAUAUCACAAGUAUCAAGUUAUUCUUUAUUUAAUCCAUAAUAUAAUCUAAAAUGAUUUAAAGUCUUGUCAACUAACAACAACAACAAAAUCUGAAGAGUCAUCCCUGUUCUUCAGUUUAUGUGUUCUUGCCUUCUCUAUCCUGAGGAGGAAGCCAACUGGGAGGAGGAUUUCUGCAGCUCUGAUCCUAUACACUGCUUUGGGAAUUGCAAACUAUACUAACCUUUUAGUCACUCUUAUCUACAUAUCAGCUUAAACUUCAACUUAUUAUAUAUUACUUUGUUCUUUUUCUUUCAUCGUUGUAAUAUUUUUCUCCUCACUAUUUGUUAGCUUCAGGCCAGCAGAGAAAGUAAACAAACUUUUUGCAGGACUUUAUUCAGUUUGGCCUAGAAUUGUUCAGGAGUCAGAUUAUCUUAACUCCUUCAUUAGAAAUAUGAUGCUUGAUUAGAAAUAUGAUGUAUUCUUUCAGGAGUAAUGGUAGAAUAAAACAAAGUAAAAAAAA